UGAAAAAAUCAAUAAGAAAAUCAAAUAUGCGAUAUGUGUUUUCUUAGUGUAGUAGAAAAAUUUAGUCUAAAAGUAUUAUAAAAAGAGGUUCAAAUCAUCUGGUUCAUUAAUAUUAAUAUGCAGAUUUCCACUUUAUCGCUGAUCUUAGAAUUUAUAUCGGAAUGCACAAAGUGCAAUGGGCGCAGGAUAUGCCAAAGAAGACGGCAACAUUUCACCUAAAACAAAAUCUGCAAUAAAAUCGAACUCUUCUUUACCGAGAGUUCGUAGGAGCUUCAAGAGCGGCGGAAACCUUACGACUUCCUUGCAGGAUACCAGCCUGCACACUGGUGAGGGAGAAUCCUACAGGACUGAAGGAAUGAACGAAAUGGCUAGUGAAGAACUUAAUAAAAUCUCUAUUGAAAUAGAGAAGCGAGGAAAUUAUAAAUUCCCGGAGAAAUUGGAGAAGGGAAACCCCGAAAUGCUGGGAAUAUGUGAAGAUAUAUCUGGAAAAAGUGAAAUUGAAAAGGCUUUAAUAGGAAACGGUAAUAAGGAGGAAUCGAAAAUGGAUAAUAACGGACAUGGAAAAAAAGAAUUGGUGAUUGAUAAAGAUGAGGAAAAAAUUGGGUUAAAAGUUACGAGUGAAUUUAAUUCCACACCUCGCCUGAAAUCACAAGAAAUAAUAUUCAAUCAUUCGGAAGAUAAAAGUUUCACCCCAUCUUCAUCAAGUAUUGAAGGUGAAAAGAAAAAUCGAAAGUCAUCUACUGAAUUAAAGGAAAACUUGUCCACAAACUUAAAUCCCAAAGAAAUUUGUAAAGAUUUAUCUCCACGUCAAGCCAGUUUAAAUUCCUUUAAAUCUCACCCAGAUCCUAAGAAAGAAAUCGAUUUUCGUUCAGGUAAAUCAAAUUCAAUUGAGGGAGGAACAAUCGCGACCGAACAUAUCGUACCUUCGAUAACAGAAGCUCAGCUUUCAAAAGACCAAACAAAAUCGAAAAAGGACAGUCGUCGCUUGAAAAUGAAGAAAAAAACCAGCAUAGACGUGGAUUGGUCGAAAUUCAAAUUUGCAUCCUCAGAUGGCAAUUCAGUCUCACGGAAACCGAGUCAGGAUUGCGACGACACUUCAGCCGCGCCAUCAUGGCACAGGCCCAGCAAAGGCAGUUUUGAUCUCGGACGCGUGGCGCUCAGAUUUACAAAGCGCAGUUCGACCGACAAAGGAAUUGAUGGACCGGCUUUAGAGGAGGAACCACCGCCGGCAGAAUUAACUCAAGAACAGAAGAUUAUCAUUAAAGAAACAUGGGCCAUCGUGAAGCAGAACGUCGAGCGAGUGGGAGUCAUCAUGUUUACUAAUUUGUUCGAGACGCACCCUGACGUGCAAGAAGUUUUUCUGCCCCUGCGCGGCAUGGAGAAAAAUGCGCUCCUAGACAACAAAAAACUACGCAACCACGCGCUCAGGGUCAUGGGGUUCGUGGAGAAGGCUGUCGGGCGGCUGGAGGAGCCUGCGCAGCUGCAGGCGCUGCUGGAGACCUGCGGUCGUAACCACUGCGGCUACGGCGCUGCCCUCCACCACAUCGACUUGGUUGGCCCACAGCUGCUGGAAGCGAUCAAACCAUCACUGGAGGACCGGUGGAGCCCUGAGAUAUCCACAGCCUGGACGCUGCUCAUGGACAACAUAGCCUACGCCAUGAAGGCUGCCAUGAGGCUGCAGAUGAGGCAGGCUUAGGCUGGACUAUUAUCUGCUCAUGGACAACAUAGCCUACGCCAUGAAGGCUGCCAUGAGGCUGCAGAUGAGGCAGGCUUAGGCUGCACUUUUUUUAAUCGGUUAAGAAAGUUGAGAUCGACGUACAGGUAACACCUGAGGCAUACUCAAUCUGUUAUACAUUAGAGUCAAGAUUAUGUAACCAAGGAUUAAAAUACUUUCGCAAAUACAUGAAGCCGACAAUGCUGAGCUUUAACAUAAUUGAAAAAUGAUGUAUGUUAGAGGUGUGAGCCUAAUCAAUAUUAAGCGCAUUUGUGGUGAAGAUAUAAAUAUGGACAUCAUUGAAUAUGGACUUAGGUCUGAACAUUCAAGUCUUGAGAUUUACAAAAAAAAUCCAAAUUUUACGAUCAAAUUCGUACGAGAGUACUUACACGGU